AAUAUUUUCGAACAUGGAAGGAAAAUCUCGCCGGGGGCGUCCAUGCAGAGAAUGGCUGGAUGACAUAACAGAGUGGUGUCAACGCAGUGGACAAGAGCUGUUCCACCUCGCACAAGACCGAAAGGCGUGGAAAAAUCUGAUCCCGUAAAAAUGGUUGGCCCCAACGGGCGCUAAGCCUAUGGGACAUGAUGAUGAUGAUGAUGAUGAUCAAGUAUGUCCUUUUUUUUACUUGAUCAUUUAAUACUUUUGAUUUCUAAUUAUAAGUUGAUGAGAAAACAAAUUUUAAUGUUUGAUGUUCAGUUUAACAGUAGUAAUAGAAUUAUUGAUUAUUUAUAGUUUUUUUUCAAUGUACAUUUAGCCUGUGGAUUGUUUUAUUGAAUCGCAUUGUUCUAAUCCAAACAUUUAUUUGUGAUUAUCCACAAAUCAUUAGUCCAUUGACAAAAUAGAAAGAAAAUUUUCUUUUAUUCUUUUAUUUUAUUUUAUUCAUCUUUAUUUACAUAGUUUAAGAAAACGUUUUGAAUUAUUUGUUUAUUAUAAAGAAUUAUGUAAUGUAUAUAAUGAAUUGAAUGAUAGACUUGUACAAGGUGAAAUAUUUGAAUUACAAGCAAAAAAUAAACUAGUUGGUUAUGACGAAGCUCAAACAAUUGAUAAAAAUAAUUGUAAAGCAUUUGAAUAUGGUUUACCACCAACUGUUAAUUGGAGUAUAUAG